CAACAGUCAGUGCGUUCUGCAUCGUUUCAUUGAAUCCAUUCAUUGAAUGCGCGCAUAAAAAAGAUCCAGCGACGAAAAUGAGCAGCCAGAAAAAUCAAGGGACCACUGUGGAAAACAUCGACGAGAUCGACAGCUUCGUCGCGGACAUGGCCAGCCUCUGCAUGAACGAGCCCUACUCGGACGUGGAGUUCCUGGUGGAGGAUCAGCGGCUGCCGGGCCACCGUCUCGUUCUGGCGACGCGCUCUGAGUACUUCCGCGCUUUGCUCUACGGCGGUUUGGCUGAGUCGAACCAACGGGAAGUUCGGCUGGACGUGCCGCUUGAAGCCUUCAAGUUAAUCCUGGGAUAUCUCUACUCGGGGAAGAUGCCUCUGUCCACACUGGACGUGGACACCAUUAUCGAUGUGCUCGAUUUGGCCCAUCUUUACGAGUUGCAGGCCGUCGAGUCGGGAAUAGGAAAAUACCUGCAGCAGAAUCUUUCUGUCAGUAAUGUGUGCACGAUCCUGGAUGUCGCACGCCGCAGCAAUCUCAACCAGCGGGCUGAAGAAUGCCUCGAUUUCAUCGACUACAAUUGCUCCGAUAUAGUAAAACAUGAUUCCUUCGCACAACUGUCCAAGGAAUCACUUGAGGAACUCCUGCGACGGGACAAGUUUGCGGCCCCCGGAAUUGAUAUCUUUCGAGCUGUAUGCAAAUGGAGGGACAACCAUCCGAGCGAGGACUUCAUGACGCUCCUCUCGCUCGUACGUCUCACAGCACUUAGUGUCAAACAGCUGCUGCGUGAGGUGCGUCCUACAGGCCUCUUUGAGCCGGAAAAAAUACUCGACGCCAUCGAUUUUAAGUUGAAUAAGUUCAACUUUAGUGUUCUUUGUUAAUUGACUAGCCAGACAGACACAAGUUAGUUAAGUCAGACGGAAGAUCCGUUUGAGGAGCCACAGAUAUUUAAUUUUAGAACACGUCCUUUGCGUUUCCACCUAAACAAACCAUUUGAAACCCUUUUCAAGCAUUGAAAAACAAAUUUCAGCUUAAUUUAAAUGCCAAUUGCUGGGCCAACAAAAUCAGUAAACAAGAAACUUUGCAGACAAUUGAAAGCGAAGCAAAGCAAAAAGAAUUCGGAGAAAGGCAACGAAAAAAAAGACCCAAAAGCAAUUCAAUAUAAUAAAUCACACCUUUGUCACUCAA